AUGAAUAAAAAAUGUGUCGCAAGUGCUUACCUGCCAAAACAUUCAAGCACGAAAGAAUUUUCCGUGCACGAAUUGAUGUUGCCCGAAGGAAGUGAAACGAUUAAAGUGACAAUUUCGUCAACGGGUCUCGUUUGUGCCAAAUCCGAGACUUUUACGCAUCAAUGGAUAAAAUGUGCGAAAAUGGCAAAAGGUGUUCAUGAACAAAAUGCGAUUUUAGUAAGAAGUUAUGGGAGCACCUUGAUGCUCGAUAUCGUGAAAGACAUCAAAGUUGACGAAGAAAUUUUUCUGUGGUUCUCGGAGGAAGUUCAAGCUUUGAUGGGAAUCUCCUUUCUUGGCUUGGGAAACAUUCAAGGCGAAAAUCGCUACAUUUGCACAAAAUGCAACAAAAGUUUCGAGAAUCCAAAUCCCUUGAAAGUUCACAUCGCCUUGAAUUGCGAAAGGUACUCCAGUGACAUCCUAUGGCGACGCCUGUUGGAAAGCAUUGAUUUUCCCCGUGACACGAGUUUCUUCUCGAACCAAUUGAACUACAUGAGUCACUAUUUCAACACGAUCAACAUCCAGCGUCACACGAUGCCUCAUGCAGCGACGACCCAUCCAAAAACUUUCUUCAAUUCAAUCAUCGAAACUCCGCCUCCGCCAGCGAAUUCCGCGUCGCCAAUUCAUCUCGUGCCACAAGCAAAUGCCAAUUUAGAGACGGCGACGCAUCUCGAGACGCUCGUUAGUAACAUGGGCACUUCGAGAAAUGGUCACGUUUGUAUUUAUUGCGGGAAAUUAUAUUCGAGGAAAUAUGGGUUGAAAAUUCAUAUAAGGACGCAUACGGGAUUUAAGCCGUUAAAAUGUAAAUUUUGCCUGAGACCUUUUGGGGAUCCGUCGAAUUUGAACAAACAUUUGAGACUUCACACGCAAAAUGGGAAGGAAACGGCGAGAUAUCGAUGUACGAUUUGUAAUAAGAAUUUAGUAAGGAGGAGAGAUUUGGUGAGACAUGUUCAAGCGAAGCAUAAGUUAAUUCACAUGGAAGCAGAUUCGCUUUCGUUGUCGUCGAUGUCGGAUGAGGACAUGGAUUUGACGAAAGAUAUUGAAGUUAGUAAUUAA